AUGGAAGAUGUGAGUCUAAGUACACUGCCUUUAACCUCAGCUUUAGUUACAUGCUCCUAUGCUGAUAGUCGUGACCGAUCUCAGAUAGAGCUAAAGCCCAUGCGAAAGUCACAGUCGAACAGCCAACAAUCUCGCCGCGUCGGCGUCAAGAAAUCUCCUAUACCUAGAGCUAGCAGAUUCAGCGACGAAGACGUCCGGAAGGGUAAUCAGUCCGAGAUAAAGAUGAGAUCGGUCGUACAAUCAAACAACAUCCAACAAUCCGCCCGCGCCAUGUUCAGAAAAUCUGCUAUGGAGGAGGCAGUCGGAAUCUUUAGCACCGCAAAUAUCCGGAAGAAUGAAGUUAUUCUAGUCAACUCUCCCUCACUCAGGUCUGGCCUAGCCAACACUAAUCCGAGCGAGAUUCUUAUAAAUACCACGCACAGUCUCCAGAUAUGCGAAGCGGAAAAGUCCUGUGACUUGUGCUUUGAUGACGAGGCCAAUUACCGAAACGCUCUCCCUUUCCAAAACACAUCUGUUUGCUACGAAGAAAUCUUUUCCCGCGCCGGUCGGGCGUAUUGCAGUGGUACUCCAGACGCACGGUUGAGCUGGAGUGAAGAACGGGGACAGUUGGCCUUUGAAGCCCUGAGAGAUAUUGAGCAAGGAGAGGAGCUUAUUCUUACCUAUGUUUGCCGUCUGGCAGGGAAUAAGUGGCGUUCGUUGGGCUUCAUCUGCCAUUGCCUUGCUUGCUCCCCAACUACCGCCCAGGUGCACGUCAAGAAGACUUAUGGUUUGGGAGAGGGAAGCAGCAAGCCUAGGAGAUAUAUCUGCAAUAAUUGCAAGUCGAAGGGACGCGAUACAGAGGAGGACAUGACAAGAGAUAUGAUGGUGCGGAGUCUCGUGGGAAAUGAUGCAGCUGGUAUCAGGACUGGUGUGACCACCUCUAUUGUCGCCACUGGUAAGGAGGAUCUGGACACUCUGGAUGUCAUCUGGUUUGCCCAGCAAUGCUUGGGAUAA